CUUACACCGCACCACCACCAGACCGCCCCUCAACCGUAACGUGCAACAGCGCGACCGUCCCUGCUUGAAUUAGUACCUCACUUUUACAGCAUCACCUACCAAAGGUCAUCUUCCCCCUCGCUUCUGGAAUCCUGCACGAUGCUAUUCGCCUGAGAGCCAGCCGUCUGCAGCGAGCUUCGGGAGUUUCUCGUACCACCACAGACCACGUCCCGGCUUCAUCUCAUGUGGUCUCCUAGUUACCUUCCCUCUCCCAUUUCAUCGCAACCAUCCACUGUGCUCGCUUGCGACCUCAAUCAAGGUUCCGGUCUUCUCCCAGGCAUACGCCCGCCCCCUCAUGGCCUGGGCUUGUCUGGCAGGCAAAGCACAUUGCAGCCGCCACGGGCUGUCGGCUGCGACCAAGGCGAGAUUUGUCUCCGACUCGUCCCUCCCUCGUUACCACCAUGGCUUCUUUUCUACCCACAGCGGCCGCCCCGGCACAGCUGCGAUGGCGGUGACGCCGCCGCCUGCCCGUCACAUAUCUUCACCCUCCGCCGCUCGUGCGAGGAAGCUCGCUCUGGAUCGCGAUGUCAUCGUGUCCGUGCUUGAAUCCUCAGCUACGCGUCGCGAUGCCAAGGGCUACUUGCAGAAGUACGCCAACAAGAGGGAGGCCGUCACGCCAACAUCAAGGCCAAGCUCGCCCCAAUUCUUUCAAGGUCCUCAGCCCUUCCAGCAGCUGCAGGGGGCCUUGAGCUCUCAGCAGGGUCGAGAGCAGCUAGCCGUCGACGAAGAACUCACUAAAGUGGCUAUCGUCAAGCUGCGCAAACCCCAGGAGCUGCCCGAUGACGUCGUUGCCGGUAUAGCAAAAACCCUCUCUCAGCUCCGCGCCCUAGGCCUUCUGGCAAUUGUCAUCAUCGACUGCGGCACCCGUCAGAGUCGUAGGACGUAUGAACACCAGGCGUUGCGUCUGUGCGAAGCCAUCGACUCGAGCUUUGGCCAGCCAGUUGCUAGAUUCGCCGAAGGGAUAUUCCUCAGGCAAUCUCGAAACGGCCCUCUACAGGACACUCGCGCAUCAUCACCCAUCUUCUCAGGCAAUGUGCGUGUCGACGACCAGGGCAUGCUGGGCCGGGCGCUGCGACGUAACAAGAUCAUCGUCGUGCCCUCGGUUGCGCGACCCAACGAGCUCUCGUCACCACGGCCGACGGACGCCCAUAGUACGCUGCUGGCGCUGACCAAAUAUCUCAUUGGAAUGCAAUUCGCACCAAGCGAGAGCCUUGCAACCGAACCCCAUGCGUCACGGCCAAGCAGGACCGCAUCCGUGGAGCGGGUGAUAUUAUUGGACCCGCUUGGAGGCAUUCCCAUGGUUGGGAAAUCAAGCGUUGCACACAGGUUCAUCAAUCUUGAGCAGGAGUACACCACGCUAAUGGAACAACUGAAUGAUGCUCACGGCUCUUCCACCGGCCCCGGGGAGCAGGCGAUGUCGCGCAAGCUUUCUCAUGCUGAGAAUCUCGUCCUGGCAAAGGAUGCCCUCUCGUUGCUACCGUCGUCGUCGUCUGCUCUCAUUACCACGCCACUUGCUGCCGCAAAUAUAAAACAGCAGCCGGACCCCUCGUCUCUACAGCUGGACGACAUGGUGGCGACGAGGAAUCGGCGGAACCCGUUGUUGCACAACCUCCUUACAGACAGGCCAGCCUUCUCGCCAUCUUUGCCGCUGCAGAGGAUCAAGGACGAAUCUCACGGCGGCCUUCAAACUGUUGAUGCGAGCGCUGCAACGUUGGUCAAGCGCGGUAUGCCCGUGACAAUCCUGCCGGAACCUCGAAGCGGCCCGUGGAGGCCACCGGAGCCUGGCUCACCACGUCUACGAUUGACAGAUACAAGCGUCGAUUUGCCCCGAUUGGUGCAUCUAAUCGAGGAUUCCUUUGGGCGCAAACUUGAUGUCCAGGAUUAUCUCCGACGAGUCAACGAGAACCUAGCAGGCAUCAUCAUUGCGGGGGAGUAUGAAGGAGGGGCCAUCCUGACGUGGGAGCGGCCAGAGGGUUUGGACGAGCAGCAAGCGUUUGAACAAGGCCGCUUUGUGCCUUACCUGGACAAGUUCGCCGUGCUCAAGAGCCGCCAAGGAAGCGCCGGCGUAGCUGACAUCGUCUUCAACGCAAUGGUGCAAGACUGCUUCCCAGAAGGCGUGUGUUGGAGGAGCCGCAAGAACAAUCCAGUCAACAAGUGGUACUCGGAACGAUCUGCGGGGGUUUUGCAACUUCCCGACUCCAACUGGACCAUGUUCUGGACAACAGCAGGGUUGAGUGUCGAGCAUCCCAUGUUUAAGGACUACAAGGCGGUCUGUCGCACUGUGCAGCCAUCGUGGGCUGACGACAAGCACAUCCUAGACUAGGGCUGCGCCGUGCUGCGGGAAGCGAUGACGGGGCAGGUUCAAUGACCUCGGCAGGCUUUAUGGGCUUGUUGGUGGCAUUUGCAGCAAGGCAUAUAACCUUCUCAACCAAUGCAAGGGUGAUCGCUGCGAGCAAUCAGCGGAGCAAUUGUCUGCAUGUGCGUAAGAUGUGUGUGUGCAAAAGGUAUCGUCAAAACAUAUCCAAGUGUUCCAACUUGGAGGAGGUACUACGCGUAUAUGGAGAGGUGAUUGUCGCCCUCAGAAGAAUAGGAGGGCAACAUCCUAGCUUUUUGUGAGGC